AUGUGUCAGUACUGGAAGAAGAUGCAUACGUGCAACCACCAGUCGGACCGCCCCUACAUUGAGAUGUGCCGUCCUGGCUUCCUCUCCAACACCGUCUGCCCCGACAUUGGCGAAGAUGACAAACUCCGCCCAUCGCACUUUCCUUGCUAUCCGUGCAUUAAACUCGAAGCACGCGCUGAGACCGAAGCCCAAGCCCGUCUUGAUGAGGAUGCUAUCGCCAAAGCCUACGAAGCUCGCGAGCGCGCUGUCAAGGAGAAACAAGCUGCCGAAUUGAGGGCCAAAGAGGAGCGAGUUCGCCGCGAGGCUCGUGACAAGGCAGCCAAAGAGCGAGAGGCGGAGCAGCGCGCCAAGCGUGAGAAAGAAGAGCAGGAGCGCAAAGCCAGGAAGGAGGGUGGUACGUGGGUUGAGACUUCGGGAAACAAGAAGCCAAAAGGCAGGAAGAGUGGCAGUGUUGUUGGGCUUUCACUUGCUGCGCCGAACACGCCUACAUCCAUCAUGGUCACCGCGCCCAAGAAUACCAAAGAGAACAGCGGCGGCGCCGCCGCCGCCGGAUAUGGUGGUGAGAGGAUGAGCCCCAAGAACAGUCGCGUGGAUCCUGGUGGUAGAGCUGGUACCUGGGGCCCUAAGAAGAUUCUGAGCAGACAGGAGAACGGCGUCGGCGUCGGUGUCGGCGUAGGUACGAAGAAAUGA